AUGGCUACACCGCGCAAGCAGAUAUUGCAAGAGACGUUCGACGAGUGCGUGGCCGAGAAUGUCGCGGACUUUGACCUGUCUCUCGAGGAAGCCACGGCCGAUGCAGUGCAGCAAUUCGAGUCACAAGGCGUCGAUCUCUCCAACAUCCUCAAGAACAGCGUGGAAGGGCAGGAGCCGCUGUCUGGACGGCUACAGCAGCUCCUCUUGGAGUUACGCGAGUGUCUAAACCUCAAAAAGACAGGCAAAAGAUACGUACUGGACGUGGUCAUGGAGCUACAGAGCGUGUGUAAUCAAGUUCCAGAGGCUCGUGUAGUGGCGGGACGGAACGAUGCUGUGGGUACGCUACUUGCUCUACUGGACACGGACUCUGAUGCUGUCGUAGCGUCCUGCAGCACGCUGUUGGCGCUUCUGUGUACCGAAAACGGGGACAAUCAGGAUGUUAUGGGCAGUGCAGGUAUGCAGAGACUGGUGGCUGUUUUACAGCAGAAGUGGGAGACUGCAGAGACUGUGGUGUGUGUUCUAGCACUGGUGAAAGCUGCGUGUGUUAAGCACGAGAGCAACAAAGCGCAGUUUACCAAAACGGGUGGUGGCGAGGUGCUUUGUGGUUAUCUCGACCAAGCAAAGGGAGAUGAGGUGAUGUUGACGUCACUGGCGCAGUGUUUGCGUGUGCUGACUAUCAACGACGAUCCGCGUGCGACGUUCUCGCAAGCACAGGAUACGAUUCGAGUUCUGGUCGAACGUCAUGUAAUCCCGUACAGUUUAGACAUCCUGCGUCAUGAAAUAGCAAGUGGACCGACUCUGUCACUAGAUUUGCUGGUCAACUGGCUUGCAGUGCUUGCACAAGUUGCCGUGAGGAAAGAAAACUGUCAACAAAUUGCUGACCUGGAUGGGCUGACCGCCGUCCAGAACGUCAUGCGGACGUUUGAAGACAGUGCAGUGGUAGCCAACCGUUGCAUCAAACUUUUCCGAAACGUGGCGGCGGCGGACGAGUUGAAGCGUGUGAUUUUGCAAUGUGGAAGCAUCGGACAGACAUUGCUGGUCAUGCGGCGCUACGAGUCAGAUGCAUCGAUCCAACAGAACGCAUGUGCAACGUUAGCCGCUGUUGCACUUCGCUCGCCAGAGAAUAGCCGUGUGCUCGUCGAGCUCGGAGCAAUCCGGCAUAUCUCCCGAGCCAUGCAGGUCCAUGACAAAAAUGUAGCGGUAUUGCGCCAAGCAAGUCUAGCGGUGCGCAACAUGGUGGCCCGCAAUGUGGAAUUACGCUCACGCUUUUUGCACGAUGAACCAAAGCUGGAGCCACUGCUUCGUGAGGCGCAAAAGUAUCGUGGCUGCGGGGAUGAAGCAUACGCAGCGCUGCGAGACCUGGGCUGCAAUAUUCAGCUGUCUUCGUUUGGAGUUGCCGCCGUGGCUGCAGGAUCAAUCAGCGUACCCACCACUGCGUUACGCUUCAACCCGGUCCAGCUUCAAUCCAACGAAUUGCAUGACAGUGUCGACGAGGUUUCGGAGGAUUCGUUCUCUCACUAG